GAGCCCCAGGCUGCUUUCCACAGCAGCAGCACCAUCUUACGUUCCCUCCAGCAAUGCACAGGGUCCCAAUCUCUGCCUCUGUCUUGCAGUCCUCGUGUCGGGCCAGCAGGAACACAGUGAGCGGCUACUUCCUGGCGGGCCGGGACAUGUCAUGGUGGCCGAUCGGAGCCUCGCUCUUUGCCAGCAGCGAGGGUGCGGGCCUCUUCAUCGGACUGGCAGGCUCGGGUGCGGCUGGAGGCCUGGCUGUGGCGGGCUUCGAGUGGAAUGCCACAUACGUGCUGCUGGCCCUGGCGUGGGUGUUCGUGCCUAUCUACAUCUCCUCGGAGAUCGUCACCAUGCCUGAAUACAUCCAGAAGCGCUUCGGAGGCCAGCGGAUACGCAUGUACCUGUCUGUUCUGUCCCUGCUGUUGUCUGUCUUCACCAAGAUAUCGAUCGACCUGUACGCGGGGGCUCUCUUUGUGCACAUCUGCCUGGGCUGGAACUUCUACCUCUCCACCAUCCUCAUGCUCGUCAUCACCGCCCUGUACACCAUCGCAGGAGGCCUGGCUGCUGUGAUCUACACGGACGCCCUGCAAACGCUUAUCAUGGUGGUGGGGGCUAUCAUCCUGACUGUCAAAGCUUUCGACCAGAUUGGUGGGUACGAGCAGCUGGCGGCAGUCUAUUCCCAGGCCGUCCCAACCAGGAUCAUCGCCAACACCACCUGCCACCUGCCGCGCGCGGACGCCAUGCACAUGUUCCGAGACCCCUACUCAGGGGACCUCCCGUGGACCGGGAUGACCUUCGGUCUGACCAUCAUGGCCACCUGGUACUGGUGCACGGACCAGGUGCUGGAGGGUCAGGCGGCCCACCUGCCAGUCCCUGGCACGGCCCCGUGA